CCGAGAGAACGAGUUGAGACGCUCAUUCGACCAGUGGACAGCGCCAUGGCAAUCGGCGUUUGGGCCCUUGGUUCGCCUCGACCCUGCCCGAAGCGACCCCAGCUCCAGAACCCCAUAACCCAAACCAAGCUGCCAACCACCCGCACAUGCCACCUGCUGCACAGGACGACGGCGACGAGACUAUAUACUUGGGCCAUUCAGAUUUCUUGGAUUACAACGAUGACCCACAGCCACGGCGAUCGGACCGGACCACCAAAACUUCCCGACCCGCGAACGAGUCGGACCGGGCAGCCUCUAACCAGCGUCGCAAGCGAGGGGCCGCUGAAACGAACAAUAGCGGGCCCACUGGAGACUCGGUCACACAAAAGAGGCAAAGACGAGGAAGCCAACAAAGGACGAUAGACUUUGAAGAAGUCUACCAGAACGGGAACGCAGAAGAAAAGCAUUUCAUUGUCGAGUGGCCAAAGGAGACGGGCAAGUGGUACAUUCUUCUGUGCGAAGAGCAUCACAAGCAUUUCCACAGGCAUCCGCUGCUGGGGGCGGCCAAGCACCUCAACGGGAGGCAACAUGGCAACCUGAAUAAAGAUUAUAGUAAUGCCGUCAAGAAGCUCGGCAUCCUUGUACAAAACUGCACUGAGGAAAAGGCCAAACUCAAUAACCAAGUGCUCCGCGAUUUCUUGCUUACUCAUCAGUAUCAGGAUGAUUCCCAUCAGGUCACCCAAGGCGAGAACGCCCGCGAGUCCCAUGCCGGAUCGGCCCACCUUCAGGACGAUACUAAUUGCCAAAGCUCCACUUCGGCGGCGCAGGCGGCGCAUCAGGAUAGACACGAGGAGCCAAAGGGGAAGCAUGAGAAUCCAAAGGCGAAGAAGUCGAGAGACUACUCAGGCAUCCUUAACCCUGACGUCGGGAAGGUUUACCGCGCACAUCAUAAGGGAAAGGUCUAUACAUGCCUUAUACUGCCCCUAGGCAGCUUCCAGUCAACCGGCGUCGAGGGCGACUUCUACGACUCCUAUCUGGCCCACGAGAUCCCCGUCUGUUACGACACGACUGGCAAGUCCGGCGGGGCUAUUAUUGGAUGGGCUGCAGAAUACCAAGACCGACGCAGGUCAGCGCGUGGCCGCAGGUUCCCCACUCUAUUCUUCGACCACGUGGAGGUGCCAGACGAGGGCCACGUCAAGAUCUCCGACGAUAGAAAGGCUCUCAUAUGGGUGCUGGCCUCGAAGCUGAGCUCGUUCGACCUGGAUGACCCCGAAUGCAGAAAGGCCAAAGGGCAACCAGAGUGACGAGCAUUAUUCUGGCAGGGCUACUUCCAAUGACCCUCAACCCGCAGAAAAAGAGCAGGACGUGACUGCAGUUCUUCCGAAACCGCCUUCUCCCGCCUCGCCGGCCGCUGUUCCCAACAAUAAUCGGCAUAGUCA